GAACCUGAAGGCAGCUGGUGACCUGCAUUUCGUGAAUUGAGCUCGUGCGCCACCACAUCCUCUAAUGGAAUAGACAUCCAGCGCCCUUAGCCGUUGCUGAGCCCAACGGCGAUUUAUAAGUCCCUUUGGUGGAUGACCGUUGGAUAUAUUUAGGAAGGUGUGGCUGACCCGCUGCGCUAGUCGAGGCCCCGACUAGGGAGUAGGGAUCCACCGAUCUUUAAUUCCAGCUCCUCUCGACCAUUCACUUCGACAUCACUGCCAAACGUGCGUGACGAGCACUGCAAGGGCUGUACACCUGCUCUCCGCCAUACCUUAAUUCCUAUUUUGCAACACCUUUCGACCCUUCGACCUGCUGCACCAAGUGCGCCUUCUUUCGACUUGACAUCUGGCUCUACGCGACCCUGGCAACAUGGAAGAGGACAAGAAGCCCGAGAGGCCCACAAGCGCACACAGUUCUGAUAGGGGAAGAGACAGCUUCGAGGAUGCCUCUGAGAUUACCCCUCGCCCAGAAUCACACUCAGAACGCUCACAAUCACGAUCACGAUCCCUUAUAAGCAAGCGCGAGUCAAGCCAACCUGCAAUCCAAUCGCCAAAGGUCGGAUCACCUACGCUCGAAGUACCGGAAGUGUCAACGCAGGUCGAUGAUGAGGCACAGCACACCAAGGGCGAAGUGGAGGCUACCGAGACAUCCACCGAAGACGCACUACCUGCCAAGUCGCCCUUGCUCACGGCACACAGAAUAUCAGUGACAUCAGAUAUGGAUGAUGUGUCGCUCGAAGAAGAGGGCACCAAGGAGCUACCUCAGCUGCCCCUACGAGAUUCGAGAGACUCGACAGCUUCUGCAAGUGGGCUGCAGGGCCUCUCUGGACAGAUGUCUCCUGUCAAAUUUCCACCCCCGCCACCUCCCCCGGUAGUUCAGGAGAAGCUUCCCCCGCCCCCAGCCCCUGUUACCAGGAAACUCACCAGCCCCUUCGCAUGGCUUUCACGAAACAGUUCGAGCAAAAAACCCGGAUCCCCUCCCCUGCCUCUUAGCGAUCGCCGAAACACGAACGCAUCAAUCCAAUCGCUCGGUAGCAACCCCGAGCUCACCCUGAGCAAAAUUGACGAUGAAGAUGAGUUGAAAGGCAACAACCGGUCGAGCCAGGGGAGUCUACGUGACCGUUUCAAGGCACUGAGAAUGAGGGAAGAGGCUGGAAUUACGAUAAGCGAGGAGAUGACCAGCGAGGGAGGUCUUGGAAUAGCAAGUCCUGGAAGUGUGGUUGAGAAAGAGGCUGUGACAAGCCCUGGUUCUGGAGCGGUUGCCCGACAGUCAACCGUCAACCUCGCACUGGCGCCAGGGACCGCGGCUGGAUUCGCGACUGGACCAUCAGUGGGGGAAGCAGAAGCUGUUGAUUGGGACCUGUGGCAGUCCGUCGUGAACGAGGGCCCCACCGUCAUUGCACAAACAAGUCCCGAAGAACUGAACCGCGCUGUCGCCAACGGCAUUCCCCAGGUCAUCCGUGGUGUGAUUUGGCAGGUUCUGGCGCAAAGCAAGAACGAAGCACUAGAGCAACAAUACAGGGAGCUUGUUGCGCGAGGGACAGACAAAGAGCACAUGUCGGUUCAGGGCCAUUCGCAAAUGAACGGCAACGGCAAGGAGAGAGAUUCCGUUGCAUCGUCCGCAUCCUCAAUUCAAUCGGACUGUUCAACUCCAGCUACUACCACUGGCAGCGCAAACGCCCCCCUGAAGUCACCAUCAAUCUCUUCAGAAACUACCGAGGAUCCCAUCAAGCUUCAGGCUAAAGUGGCCGCUGAUAAAAAAGACAAGACUGCAGCAAUCCUCAAGUUGGAAAGGACUAUCAAGCGUGACCUUGGUGCACGCACGAGCUAUUCGAAGUACCUCAUGGCAGCCGGGUUACAAGACGGCCUUUUCGGGAUCUGCAAAGCGUACGCUCUCUACGACGAAGCCGUGGGAUAUGCUCAGGGUAUGAACUUCAUUGCUAUGCCGCUACUGUUUAAUAUGCCAGAAGAAGAAGCAUUCAGCAUGUUCGUCACCCUGAUGAACAAGUACAGUCUGCGCGAUCUCUUCGUCGCGGACAUGGCUGGUCUUCACCUGCACUUGUACCAGUUCGAGCGGUUAUUGGAAGAUUUCGAGCCUGCUCUUUACUGUCAUCUACGCCGCCGAGAGGUCAAGCCUCAGCUUUACGCUACACAGUGGUUCCUUACCCUUUUCGCGUACCGGUUUCCGCUGCAGCUCGUCGUCCGCGUGUAUGACUUGAUCUUCUCUGACGGUCUCGAAGCUGCGAUUCUGAAGUUUGGUCUUGUACUGAUGCAAAAGAACGCCGAGACAUUGCUAGGAAUGAAGGACAUGUCGACUUUGACAAACUUCUUGAAGGAGAAGCUGUUUGACGUUUACAUCGACAAAGCCCCCUCAGCCAACUCCAUCCUCGAGAAUGGUUUCUUUGGCUCAACAAGUGGGGUCGACAAAGAAAUCUACCGCGCAGACCAGCUGGUCAAGGACGCUGUAGCAGUCCAGGUUACACCGGAGAUGCUCAAGCAGUAUACCGCUGAAUGGAAAGAGCAACAGCGGGUAGAGAAAGACCGCGAGACUGAACUGCAAUGUCUGAAAGAGAGGACAGCCACACUGGAGACCAAGGUCAGGUCAUUGGAAAACCGCGCCGAGCAGUCGGAUAGGGAGCAUGUCGAGAUGGCGUCGGACCUUAUCAAGACUAAGGUUGAGAACGAGCAGUUUGCUGAGGAGAAUGAGACUCUGAAGACGAAAGUGGAGGAGCUUCAGAAAAUCGUAGACACUCAGCCUGAUGAGGUCGAAAAGAGGCUGAAACAUGAGAUGGAAACUGUCAUGCACAAAAAUAUCGUCGUUCACAACGAGAAUCGGGCUCUUGAAGAGCAGAUGGCCGAAAUGGAGCAGGAGCUAGUGGAUACCAAGAUGAAAUGGGCAACAAUCAACGAAGAACACGAAACCCUCAAGCAGAAGUGGAACAAUAUUUCCCAGAUGAUGAGGUAAUCUCAGCAUCUGAUUUGUGAUUUGUCAUUGCAGGCGUUUGGUUUGACCUGCAUAUAGCACAUCGGCGCCAUCAGAUCUAACUGCGAGCUGUCUUGUCGCGUCGAACGCGCCUUAAUUCGAUUCAAUGUGUCCAUGUUCGCCUCAGUCGCCGAGACUCCUUAAGAGCGGGCGUUUCGUUUUCAGCACACAUGCUUUGGCAGCUCAACUACGACUAGCUCGUAUCUCAAUGUAUACCCACGGAUCGAUCAAUCGACUUGUCUUUGCAUUUUGUAUCAGCUUGUGCUCGCUUGUUGGACGGUCUUUACACGGGACCGAGGUUUGUGGCACUUGGGAGAUUGGAUACCAAGACAUCCUUACAACUCAUUGAGAAACCGUGCCACAGCAUCAUAGUGUUAAUGUAUCAAUAGAAGCGCAGACACUAAACUUUGCUAGAGCCUUCGAAGUGUGAUGCCGAACCGCGUUCACUCUCAAUGCUCG